UCUGGAACAUCGCUAACUUGGCUUCUUGCAAUACUCUCGAACUACCCUGAAAUGCAGAAAAAGAUAUCUGAUGAGAUAGAUUCUGUAAUUGAAAAGGAAGGAAGAAUUCCUACUUUUUCUGAUAGAGCUGACAUGCCUUUCACAACCGCUGUUUUACGAGAAAACAUUCGUUUUAGAAGCUGUACUAACUUUGGGCUCCCUCAUUAUCUUGAGGAUGAUGUAUUCGGUUAUCUUAUUCCAAAAGGAACAACAUUAAUGACUAGUAUGCACGCCAUACAUAUGAAUCCAGAUAUCUAUGAUGAGCCUGAGAAAUUUAAGCCAGAACGAUUUCUAAAUUUCACUAAAACUUGGUCUGCUGCGGCAAAUGGCGGAAUUAAAGAACGCGAUAUGUUUGCAUUUGGAUGGGGAAGGUCAGUUGUCACAAAUGCAAAUAAAACAAGAUCCAAUGAACUAAAAUAUAUCGUAUGCUUCCGUUUCUUCUUCCUAUCAUAA